AUGGUAGCGUCAUCGCUGCGGGCUCAUUCAGUCGCUCUCUGACAGCGUGGAAAGAUGGUGCUCGACUUGGACCUGUUUCGCACCGACAAAGGCGGCGACCCAGAAAUCGUCCGUGAGACUCAGAGGAAGAGAUUUAAAGAUGUUACACUUGUCGAUAAACUCGUCGCCGCGGAUACAGAGUGGAGAAAAUGCCGCUUCACUGCAGACAACCUCAACAAAGCAAAGAACCUCUGCAGCAAGAGCAUUGGUGAGAAAAUGAAGAAGAAGGAGCCAGUUGGGGAUGAUGAAUCUUUACCUGAGGAGGCACAGAACCUGGAGUCUCUAACAGCUGAAACGCUAUCGGCAUUGACAGUAACACAAAUCAAGAAGGUGCGUUUGUUGGUGGAAGAGGCAGUGUUGAAAACUGACAGUGACAGGAUAAAGCUGGAGGCGGAGCGCUUUGAAUACCUGAGGGAAAUUGGCAACCUUCUGCACCCUUCUGUACCCAUCAGCAAUGAUGAGGAUGCAGACAACAAAGUGGAACGUACGUGGGGUGACUGCACUGUCCAGAAAAAGUACUCUCAUGUUGACCUGGUGGUCAUGAUUGAUGGUUUCGAUGGAGAGAGGGGGGCUGUAGUGGCUGGGAGCAGGGGAUAUUUUCUGAAGGGGCCGCUGGUGUUUCUAGAGCAGGCUCUUAUCAAUUAUGCCUUGAGGAUCCUCUACAGCAAGAAAUACACCAUGCUCUAUACUCCCUUCUUUAUGAGGAAGGAGGUCAUGCAGGAAGUUGCCCAGCUCAGCCAGUUUGAUGAAGAGCUUUACAAGGUCAUCGGUAAGAGCAGUGAGAAAUCAGAUGACAGCACGAUAGAUGAAAAGUAUCUCAUUGCCACCUCUGAGCAACCCAUCGCAGCCUUUCUGCGGGAAGAAUGGCUUAAACCUGAGGACCUGCCUAUGCGAUACGCUGGCUUUUCUACAUGCUUCAGACAGGAAGUGGGCUCCCAUGGCCGAGACACCCGUGGCAUCUUCAGGGUGCACCAGUUUGAAAAGAUUGAACAAUUUGUCUAUGCCUCUCCACAUGACGGCAAAUCAUGGGAGAUGUUUGAUGAGAUGAUUGGCACGGCAGAGGAGUUCUACCAGUCUCUAGGAAUUCCUUAUCGCAUUGUGAACAUUGUCUCUGGUGCCCUGAACCAUGCAGCCAGUAAGAAGCUGGAUCUGGAGGCCUGGUUCCCAGGCUCUGGCGCUUUCAGAGAGCUGGUCUCCUGUUCAAACUGCACGGACUACCAGGCGAGACGCCUCCGCAUCCGCUAUGGCCAGACCAAAAAGAUGAUGGACAAGGCAGACUUUGUGCACAUGUUGAACGCCACCAUGUGUGCCACCACACGUGUUAUGUGUGCCAUUCUGGAGAAUUACCAAACUGAAGAGGGCAUCGUUAUUCCAGAGAAGCUCAGGGAUUUCAUGCCCCCUGGUUUAAAUGAGAUCAUUAAGUUUGUCAAGCCUGCUCCUAUUGAUCAAGAGAUGUCAAAGAAAGCAAAGAAACAGCAAGAAGGAGGCAAGAAGAAAAAGCAAGGAGGAGACCAGAACUUGCCUAACGCCAUGGAGAACAUGUCUGUCAAUGACUCCUAGACUCAGACAUGAUGAUGGCAUUACUUCACCAGCCUCACAGAUAGAAAGUGAUGGAAUAUAGCCUCAUGUAAAAUAAAAUAUAAAAUCAGUUUUGAGUCAGUGGGGAACUCACACAAACGGUGACUUGAUCUAAAGGCUUGGCUCUAUCCCGUCUGUCUGUCUAAAUGGAUGGUGAUAUUCAUCGCCAGUGUUUCUCCUCAUUCUUAUAAAUCUCCACACAAAAAGGGAGAACUCUGUCCUCCUCCCACCCACAAUGCACCUCAGAGUCCACUUCCAGCUGUCUGUCAUGUUCUCUCAUCUGCCGCCACUCUGAGCCUAAAACAAACGGAUUCCUAUGUUUGAUCUGUCUUGCUGAAUGUUCAUGUCUGGCCUCAUUUCCACAGCAGGUAGUUAUUUCGGUUAGGGCACUUACUGGUUGUAUACAGGCAUAUAUUUGCAUCGUUGAAAGCUGUGGUUUGUUUGCUCUCCUAUACAACUGUUGGAAAUUUUUUUCCUUUGGGGCUUGUUAAGAAUAAAACCUAAAUUUCUUCUCAUGUCUGAAAUGGCAUUAAAGUAUGGAACUUUAAAAUAUGUCUCAAUAAGUGUGACCAUGCAUUUUAACAUCUGUUUUAGGCUCAUUUAACAUGACCAUUUUAGACCUUGUUCCUUAAAUAUCAUUGUCAACCGUAAUGCAGCUCAUUAGCUUGUGAUGGAGACACUGACCUUGUAUGCACUUGCAAAUUUAGAUCUCUCUCUACAGUAUAUGAUUGAGCACUGAAGUGGCACUCGCUGUAAACAAAUAAAUAGUUGAUAUGGA